UUGGGGGAAUGAGCUCUGUGGGACCCCUGGGUGCUCCUUGCUGGGGUCUCUCCCCGUGUGCAGGGUGCCCUGUUCCCCCUGGGGAAGGGGGGAGAUGUCUGUGUGACCCCUCGGUUCUCUUCGGGGAGUAGGGGGCUCUGCAGGGCCCCGCUGGGAUGAGAGGGUGCUUUGCAGGACACUGGGGUCCCCUUUGGGUGGGGGGUGCCCUGUGGGAUCCCCGGGUUCCUCCAUGGGUGAGGGAUGGCUCUGCCAGUACCUGGAUCCCCUUUGGGGUGUGGGGAUCUGUUGGGGGGGUUGAGGAUCUGUGGGAUCCCAUUUGUGGGGGGCUGCUCUGCCAGACGCUUCCCUCCCCUUCCGGGGCUGCUCCGGGUGGGUUGGGGUGACUCUGCCGGACCCACACCUGCACGCAAUGACCCUGGUGAGGAUGAGGGGUGUCCCCAGAGCCCCCCUGCCCUCCCAGCCCGCAGCACCAUGCGUCUGUCGGUCCUGCUGAGCGCGGCACGGCCGCGGCUGCCCCCGGGCUACCGGCACGGAACGUGGCCGCCCGACUCCACCGCCGCCCGGCUCCGCAACCCCCCGGGGCAGCGCCGCCGUAAGGUCUUCGUGGAACCCAUCGCCAAGGACGACUGGAAGGUGUUCAAGGGUGACACGGUGCAGGUGCUGGCCGGGAAGGACGCGGGGAAGCAGGGCUUGGUCAGCCAGGUGGUGCAAGCCCGCAACUGGGUGGUGGUGGAAGGACUGAACACGCACUAUCGCUACAUCAACCGCACCGCCAAGUACUCGGGCACCUACAUCGCCAGCGAGGCGCCUCUGCUGCUCAGCCAGAUCAGCCUGGUGGACCCUGAGGAUCGGAAGCCCACGGAGGUGGAGUGGAGGUUCACGGAGGAGGGCGAGCGCGUCCGCGUGUCGCUGCGCAGCGGCCGCAUCCUGCCCGUGCCCCCGCAGCCACGCAAGGACGGCGUCGUGCCUGAGCAGUGGAUCGAUGGCCCCAAGGACACGUCCCAGGAGGACGCGCUGGCCAAGACGUACCGGCCGUCGCUGAAGACCUUUGAGGAGGAGAUCAUGGAUGCCAUGGGCAUUGUGGAGACACGCCGGGCCAAGAAAUCCUACUGGUAUUAACUGGGAGAGCUGGGAGCCCCCUGAGGAAGGCCAAGAAAUCCUACUGGUAUAAACUGGGGCAGCUGAGAGGCAGCUGAGAGCCCCCUGAGGCGGGCCAAGAAAUCCUCCUGGUAUUAACUGGGAGAGCUGAGAGCCCCCUGAGGCAGGCCAAAAAAUCCUACUGGUAUUAACUGGGAGAGCUGGGAGUCUAGAAAUCCUAUUGGUAUAAACUAGGAGAGCUGGGAGCUCCCUGAAGAAGGCCAAGAAAUCCUCCUGGUAUUAACUGGGGGAGUUGGGGGCCCCCCAAGGUGGGCUCUGCAAUAAACACCCCCUCAAUUUGC